GGCCUGCGCUGUCGGAAACAUGGCGGCCGUCAGCAAGUAUCUGACAGCGAAAAAUUCCUCCAUAGCUGGCGGUGUCCUACUUGUUUUAUACAUUCUGAAACAAAGAAGAAAAUCCGCUAGGUUGAACAGCAGUAAGAAAGGGUCGUCAGAACUGCUUUUGAAAAAUGAACAAAAGGAGACAAAGAAAGACAAAGCAUCAGUGGACAGGGUCUUUUUCCUGCGCAUUGGCCGGAUCCUAAGGAUCAUGGUACCACGGUUUUUCUGUAAAGAGACAUGGUACCUGAUCCUUAUUGCCGUGAUGCUGAUAGCACGGACAUACUGUGACGUUUGGAUGAUCCAGAAUGGAACUAUGAUUGAAAGUGCAAUUAUUGGUCGAUCUACAAAAGAUUUCAAGAGGUACUUGUUCAGCUUUAUGAAGGCCAUGCCCAUUAUUGCACUGGUGAACAACUUCUUGAAGCUUGGCUUGAAUGAGCUGAAGCUGCGGUUCCGUGUGAGACUCACCAAACAUCUCUAUGAGGAGUACCUAAAAGGGUUCACCUACUACAAAAUGGGGAACCUGGAUAACCGUAUCGCCAACCCUGAUCAGCUGCUAACCCAGGAUGUUGAAAAGUUCUGUAACAGUGUGGUGGACCUGUACUCCAAUCUCAGCAAGCCACUUCUCGACAUUAUUCUGUACAUCUUCAAGCUUACGUCUUCUAUCGGAGCACAGGGCCCUGCAAGCAUGAUGGCCUACCUCCUCAUCUCAGGGCUCUUCCUCACAAGACUGAGGAGGCCCAUCGGCAAGAUGACCGUGUCAGAGCAGAGAUACGAGGGAGAGUACAGAUACGUCAACUCCCGUCUGAUCACCAACAGUGAGGAGAUUGCCUUCUACAAUGGAAACACAAGGGAGAAGCAGACUAUUAAUUCCACCUUCAAGAAACUCGUUGACCACCUGCACAAUUUCAUCUUCUUCCGAUUCUCCAUGGGCUUUGUGGACAGUAUCAUUGCCAAGUACCUGGCCACAGUGGUGGGUUAUCUGGUGGUGAGUCGGCCCUUCCUGAACCUGUCCCACCCUCGCCAUCUGCACAGCACACACGCAGAGCUGCUGGAGGACUAUUACCAGAGCGGACGCAUGCUUCUGCGCAUGUCCCAGGCUCUGGGCAGGAUCGUCCUAGCUGGUAGAGAGAUGACCAGGCUCUCAGGGUUCACUGCUCGCAUCACGGAACUCAUGAAGGUCCUGAAGGAUCUGAACACCGGGAAGUAUGAGCGAACCAUGGUCUCCCAGACUGAGAAAGAAAGAGAUGCCUUAGACAAACUCACGCUGAUCCCUGGAAGUGGCCAAAUAAUCAACGCUGACAAUAUUAUCAAGUUUGACCACACACCCUUAGCUACGCCCAACGGAGACAUUCUGAUCAGAGACUUGACCUUUGAGGUCAGAUCAGGUACCAAUGUGUUGGUGUGUGGCCCUAACGGCUGUGGGAAGAGCUCACUCUUCAGAGCCCUGGGAGAACUGUGGCCUCUGUUUGGUGGGUGCCUGACCAAACCUGAGAGAGGAAAACUCUUUUACGUUCCCCAGAGGCCUUACAUGACCCUUGGCACCCUGAGGGAUCAGGUGAUCUACCCAGACACCCAUGAGGACCAGAGGAAGAAAGGAAUAUCUGAUCAGGUUCUGAAGGAGUACUUGGACAACGUACAGUUGGGCCACAUCCUGGAGAGAGAGGGCUCGUGGGACGUCGUUCAGGACUGGAUGGAUGUUCUCAGCGGAGGAGAGAAGCAGAGGAUGGCGAUGGCUCGGCUGUUCUACCAUAAGCCUCAGUUUGCCAUCCUGGAUGAGUGUACCAGUGCUGUGAGUGUGGAUGUGGAGGAUUACAUCUACAGCCACUGCAGGAAGGUUGGCAUCACUCUGUUCACAGUGUCUCACAGAAAGUCUUUGUGGAAGCACCAUGAGUACUACCUGCACAUGGAUGGGCGAGGAAAUUACGAAUUCAAACCCAUCACUGCAGAGACUGUGGAGUUUGGGUCAUAAAGGAGACCAAAAACCACAAUAUACCACAAAGCUCCAGACAGAACACCUGUACCUUGGAGAUGUCUGCCAACUAAACUAGAGGAUUUUCUUUUUAAAUCACGUCUAACCUUUUUUUUCUUAUUAGUUUGUUUCUUUGAUGAGGCUUUAUGUAAAAAUCUGUUAAUGCUACUUCCACUGUCCACUGUAAUUGUAUAUAAUUUAUAAAUUAAUGUGCAGUCCAAGUUACUGGGUUGCUGUAAUGAAUAGGAAACAUCCUAGUCUAAAUGAGACUUACUCACAUCCUGUAUCUGAGCAUUAAAAUCAUGUUUAUUGAUUGUGAGGAAUUAGUCCUUUUAGAUCCAUGAAAUUUUAAAUGGUUCGACAUAGGUAGGUCGUACUUUCUGUUUUUUGGCCCAAUCAUAGGGCAAGUUUAAGUACUAACAAUUCCGUUACUUGUACCCACCAGAACUAUGAGUUCUAUAAUUGUCAAAUUACAAAGUGGCCUUAGCACUUAAUUGUAGAACUGAAUGGUUUGUCAUUGGUACAGGAAUGUCUGUCUGUUGUCUUGUUGUCGGAGCAGGUGUUUUUGGGUGGUUGAGAAACUUAUGGAGUGUUGCACUGACUUCCAAACCAGAGAGCCUUCUAGAACCAUAGGUUGUAUGUAAUUAUCAAACAGUUGCUACUAUGCAUUUUGUUUCUGCAGUUUAAUGUAAGCUUACUGUGAGUCAUUUUUAACAAGUGAAAACUGCCUUCGUAGAACGUUUUUUGUACACUACAGACUGUGGUAACAAAGUAACAGUACCCGAAAAGAAAGCGCAUGAACCUGCAAAGAAUUCACCAGUGCAUUUUCAUUAAAAAAAAAAACCACACAAUUUAA